AUGACAGAGGAAGAAUUCAGAGUGAUGUGGAUCACUCUAGGAAAUGGAUACAAAGAAAAAAUAAGGAAUAUCCUGCAACACCAAAACCAACUGAGACGUCAAGUCAACAACACAAGACCCAUCAUGAUGCAACUGAAUGACGCCUGCACACACAACCACAAAAUAGAAAAUGUGGAAUGGAUCUACAAUCUCUUUGCUGCAAAUGGCAUAGAUAUCUCUGAAUUCUUCGCCUGGUUCACCAUCAUAGGAGACAAAAAACUGCAGAAAAUCAACAAUCUAGUGCUCAAAGGACCAACAGGAACAGGAAAAACACUGACAUUGGCAACACUGCUCCACAAACUAAACACUGGAACCAUUACAAGAGGUGCUGAUACCAACCAGUUCCAUCUUCAAAACCUACUCUCAAGGAACUUUGGACUCUUUGAAGAACCAAGAAUCAGUGUGGCUACAGUAGAUGAAUACAAACUGCUUCUAGAAGGUUCACAAUUCGAAAUCAAUGUCAAGAAUUCUGACAUGGAACAACUGCAUCGCAUUCCCAUCCUCAUCUCUACCAACAGAGACAUCGAUUACUGGGUCCCACCAGCAGACGGACAAGCCCUCCAAUCACGAUGCAAGACAUUCGAACUCUCAAAAGAAAUAAAAGGCAUGAGCGACAGGGCAGUGCUUCAGACAGGGCUGGAUCCCCCACCAGGACACAUCUCACUGGACGACUUCCUAUACAUCUACAGAGAGAGAAAGGAAGAAAUCGACAAACAUGUCAGGAGAGCAAAAAGAGGAGCCGACGCGAUGGAGAGUGAGGAAAACGAGGAGGCACACAACAGCAACUGGGACACUAGAGCUGACCUGAUCUUGCCCUUCAAGCAGGACUCCAUCAACUGCACCAUUCAACAGCGUCGUUACAUAGAAAUCGACGCCAUUCCAAACUCAGAAAGCUGCUAG